AAGUGUGUGUGAUGAGAGGAAUGAAUGGAAUGAGAUUGAAGGAAUGUAUGCGGAUGUGGAAGCGCAAAUUGUGAGUGGCUUUGACCGAAAGGAAGUGGCAAAGGAGCGGAUGAGACACAGAAAAGUCUUCGCGAGAUUGGAAGCUGACAAAUUGUUUCAGGGCUUCCCAACAGCUUGGGACAUGGAACGCCUGGCACGGCAGUUGCAGCGAAAAGAGAGUGUGGUGCUGAAAGGAAAGCUUGACCUAGAGGUCGAGAGAAAAGGCGCCGGCUGGCGCCAGCGCAAGUUGUUAGAAAAGCACAUUAGGGAGAAAGACGAAGAGCGGCGCUCUCUGCACAAUUUGGCGACAGCUGCAACAGCUUUGUUCGCCACUCAAAAGAAAACGCCCGUAGAACACGCAGAGAGUGUGAGAAAAGCAGAGGAGGUAGAGAAAGCGGUGAAAAUAGACGAGAAAAGGAAUGAAUACAAGGGCAUUUCUCCAUCUUUGCAUGAUGUGACACACCCGAGUGCCCCCACACUCGGAGUGACCAAUGUUGGACCGCCGCCAUACGGCGACCCCGGAGUAAUGGCUCCGGUGGUGACCUUGGGUGGCCGGAUGGUAAUGGAUGUCGAGGGCGAAGGCGAAAGGGCAGACCAGAGUAUUGUGCAGCUGAUUGAACAAGCAGUAAAUAAAGAGAGGCGACGGGCCCGGGAGGGAGAUACAUCCCACGUGGUCACAUCCACCCCCGGCCCGAGCCCCCAACCAUCCAACGUGACGAAAGGAGAAAGCUGGCAGAGACUUAGUGCCGAGAACGAGGAGCUAAAGAAAAAAGUUGAUCAAGCUGAUGAGCAGUGUAGACUGGAAGCGCAGAUGUUAAAAUGGGCAACGGAGAGAGAGAAAGAGACACGGAAAGAAUAUAAUCUGCGGAGUGGUCAGGGACAGAUGACGCAGGCCGAGGUGCAGAAAAAUGAAUUGAUGUAUCCGCUGGUGACCACACCAGGCGGUCAGCACUACGAGCCUAUGGUGCUCCGCGAUGUGACUGCGAUGAUGGAAAAAAUGCCCCCACUUCACAGAGGAGGUAAGGUGUGGCUGAACAAAUCUUUGGCUCUGAUGAGUGGGCAGAGCUGUACACUCGGUGACAUGCGUCAGAUGUUGGAAGCAGCAGGUCGCCAUCCGGCUCUCUCGCCCGAGGCAGAGGUGCUCUUCCGGACGGCGCAAGUGGAUGGACUUCCGCCAGACGUGAAGAAGCAGCUAAUGUCAGACCCUGACAUUCUGCCUGAGGCCCGCCACGCCAACCCGGGGCGCCGAUGCAACAGGCAGCAACAGCUCCAUCUGGUGGACGGCCCUGGCAACAGCCACAAACACACGGAGAUUGGAGAGAAAUCCGCUGCGGCUGUGGCGGAGGAAGGCGUGUCGGUGGAGAAACAGCUCACGCCGUACGUGUACGUCUGA